CGGGGUCGCACCCCCUCUUCGCGCGGCUGGUGUGGGUACAAGAAGCCGUCUUGGGCGCUCUCCCCGCCAUGCUGGGCGACGGGCGGCACAGGCGUGCUCGGGUCUCGCGAGGAGGCCCGCGCGCGUGUGCGCAUACGCAGGGAGGGCCGCUGGCGGCUGCACUAGUACGGGAUGUGCGUGGGCUCGCCUCCCGGCGUCCACAGCGUUGAAGCACUCUUAUACCCUGAUGACCUUCACCAAGGGACAGUGAGAUUGUUCCGGCAGAUUCCGCUUAAAUUUCAUCCCCCAACCUGUAUUAGGAAUGGAUUCACAGUUACUUUGCGAAUUUCAGUCUCUGGCUGGUAGUGAGACGGGGUGCUGUGAAGGAUCGAGCUCGCAGCUAGAAUUAGGAGGGCUGGGCUCAGGGGCACCUCGUUCACUGUCGGGGCACCUUUACGCAUCGUCGCCCCGACUUCACAUAAGUCUCCAGAGGUUUAAGAAGAAAGUGGACUUUAAAAAAACAGGAGAUCAUUUGGCAUUGAGCUGUGAUGUUGCCAAAGAACAUGAUGUUCAAAAUACAUUUGAAGAGAUAGAGAAAAAUUUAGGUCGCGUUAAUUUCUUGGUAAAUGCCGCUGGAAUUAACAGGGAUAACCUCUUAGUAAGGACAAGUACUGAAGAUAUGCUGUCUCAGCUCCAUACUAACCUCCUGGGCUCCAUGCUGACCUGUAGAGCUGCCCUGAAGACAAUGAUUAAACAGCAGGGAGGGUCCAUUGUGAAUGUAGGAAGUGUUGUUGGUUUAAAAGGCAAUUCCGGCCAGUCUGUAUACAGUGCCAGUAAAGGAGGAUUAGUUGGAUUUUCACGUGCUCUUGCCAAAGAAGUAGCAAAAAAGAAAAUUAGAGUGAAUGUAGUUGCACCAGGAUUCAUUCACACGGAUAUGACGAAAGGCUUGAACGAAGAACUUUUAAAGAAGAAUAUCCCUCUGGGAAGGUUUGGAGACGCCCUUGACGUGGCCCAGGCGGUCGUAUUUCUUCUCGAGUCUCCAUAUGUGACAGGGCACGUCCUGGUGGUGGAUGGCGGCCUGCAGCUUACCAUGUAGCCGGCUCCUGUCACUCUUGUUGGAUCACGGGCAGUCUCUGUUACACCUGUGUUUGCUAAUCAGACCUGCUGGUGCUACAGGUGUUGAUUUCUGUCUUCAUACAAAUCUGUCUGUAAAGAACAGUGGGAGAGCAGCUGCGUUUUCCAAAUGACACGGGUCUCAUGGGCAGUGUUAGUGUACAGUCCCUCCUCACAGGGAUCACCUUCAGGAGCCCUGGUCUUCAGAUGUUCCCUCCCCUUACGAAAACAGUGUCUGCGUGUAACCUCUGUGUACUUUACAUCAUCUCCAUUGUUGUUCAGUCACUAAGUUGUGUCUGACUCUUUGCAACCCCUCACACUAGCCGGCCAGGCUCCUCUGUCCAUGGAAUUUUCCCAGCAAGAAUACUGGAGUGGGUUGCCAUUUCCUUUUCCAAGGGAUCUUCCUGACCCAGGGAUCGAAUCUUUGUCUCCUCAGUCUCCUGCUUUGGCAGGUGGAUUCUUUACCACUGAGCCACCAGGGAAGCCAGAAUCUAAAUCAUUCUUAGAUUACAUAUAAUACCUAACACAGUGUAAAUGCUGUGUAAAUAAUUGAAAUACAGUGUAAAUGCUACGUAAAUAGUUGAUUUUUGGAGCUUUUAAAAACAUAUUUAGAAAUUUAAAAACUUUAAACAAUAUAUAUUCUAUCCAUAGUUGGUUGAACCCAUGGCUGUAGAAGCCGGAUGCAGAGGGCCUACUGUCUACAUUUUGCUAAUAAAAACAGAUGUUAUCUUAA